GGGUGGGGAGAAGGGCAGAGGAAGAGAGGAGGACUCGGAGGGGAGCGAGGAGGCCGGGCGGGCGCAGGGGCACGUCGGCCGGGCUGCCCCCGCGAGCCAGACGUCGCCAUUCCGCUGCUCGGGGCGCCGCCGCCGCCGCCACCGCGCCCGGGGGCCAUGCUUCCACCGCCCCCGCGCCAGCCGCCGCCCCAGGCGCGCACGGCCCGCGGCGCGGUGAGCCUGCAGCGGGCCUUCCUGCGCGGCCCGCUGGGCGUGCUGCGGCUGCUGCAGCUGCUGGCCGGCGCCGCCUUCUGGAUCACCAUCGCCACGAGCAGGUACCAGGGCCCGGUGCAUUUCGCGCUCUUCGUGUCGGUGCUCUUCUGGCUGCUGACCCUGGGCCUCUACUUCCUCACGCUGCUGGGCAAGCACGAGCUGGUGCCUGUGCUCGGCUCGCGCUGGCUGGUGGUCAACGUGGCGCACGACCUGCUGGCGGCCGCGCUCUACGGAGCCGCGACGGGCAUCAUGAUCAGCCAGACGCAGAGCCACAGCUACUGCAACCUCAAGGAUUACCAGAUGUCCUGCGCCUACCACGCCUUCCUGGCGGCCGCGGUCUGCGGCGGCCUCUGCCUCGGCCUCUACCUGCUCUCGGCGCUCUACGGCUGCUGCCGCCACUACCAAGGCGAGCAGGAGGUGGCUUGAGGCCGCCGCGCCGCGGGGCGGUGGACCCGUCCUUCCCGCCGCCGCCGCCCCGCGCCCGUGCGCCCCAGCACCCUCCCCUCGCCCCUCAUUCCCGCCGUCGCCCGCGUCCCAGCGCCCUGAUCGCAGAUCCCGCCCGACGGCAGCGCCAGCCGCCCAGAAUCCGUGUCAGCUACGUGGGAUUUGUUGUCUCCCGGGACGGGGGCAGGGCUGCAUCCGAGGGGCUGACGCACACACUCAGAUGGGCCGCCCCGAGGCGAAGACUCGCGGUUCCUUUUCCCCUUCCCGGCCGAGAGCUAGACGUGGACAGAAGCCGCGUAGAUCCGGGGGUGGCUCCCAAAUUGGAACCAGUCUACUGGCGGCGCCACGGUCCCCUCCCUCCCGCCCCGCGUUCAGAAGAGCACCCCCUUGCUUUGGCCUCUCUUCCAACCUCGCGUGCUGAAAAAGGCAGGCAUGCCGCCGCAGGCGGAGCGGGGGACGAGCCUCCACUGGUCCCGGGAUGAGCGACGGGUGUGGUUUUAGCUUGGGCUUGUGCGGGCAUCCUGCGCAGUCCUUCCAGGCCCAUCCCUCUGUGCUUUGAGGUCUUGGGGUGAGGCCCGUCUGCAAAGGUGAGGAUGGAUAGGAAGGGCCUCGAGGGAUGUAUUCUUGCACCUUUGGAGGCUUCUUUCUCCUUUGCCUGUUCUGCCUUUGUCCUCGGGGUUCACGGAGGCCAGGUUCUAAUGCCCACUGGCAUUUCUGGCCUCAUCUUCCCGGUCUUCCUCUCACAGGCUUCCUUCCACUCCAUCCCCACUUGCCAAUAUCUUUUUCCUUUAGGAAUCUCACACCACCGUCUAUGAAUGUUAGGCGAGCCCCACCCCUUCUUUUUACAGAUGGAGACUCAGAGAUUGCUCUUGGGAACUGCCAGAAAAAAAAGAUUAGAAGCCCAUCUUUGGACUCCUAGUCUAGCACUGUUUACAUUAAAGCAGUGGCUGUUGCCAGGAAUCUGGGUUUGGGAGCUACCCUCUAAUAGAGAUUUUCAAGGCCAAAAGGGUUUGUCCAAGGUGCUUUCUCCCCUUCUUGGAGAGUCACAAUGCUCAUUAGCAUAGCAAAGGCUCUGUGAACUUCCGCUCUAAAAGAAGCCCAAGUAAUUUAGUUUCCAGUGUUACUCACCUCUGGAUCUGGACCAGGACCAGUUUUUCCCAUCUUAAGUUUCCAAGCAGCUCUGUUUUAUCUGGGAUCUCCUUUGACACCAAGGGGCCCAACCCUUUGGCUGUGGUCUGUUUGAAGACAGGGGCGGGGGGGAAAGAACCCGACUCCUUUUCCCCAGGGAGUUCCCUUAGCAGAGGGAGCCCCACAACCCCUCUGUGAAAGAGAAGAUAGCUGCCCUCCAGACCAGUGAGAGCCUGGGAACUGUGGAUUUGAACCUUUCUUUACAUUAUCUGGGAAAUGAAGCCAAAGUUCUCCAGAUGGUGUUCCAGUCAAAAGGAACAUCACCUGUAAGAGAUGCUAGCAUUGACCAUGAGCAGCUGGCAGGAGUGAAAAGAGAGAAGAAAACUCUGGAUCUGGAGUGAACAGCUGGCCCAGCCUGAUAAGAUUUCCACAUGGCUAAGGCCAUGGAGACUCCCAGAGCCCGGCAUGCCGACCUCUCCAAGGGCCUGCUUCCCUGGGCUGGCAACACCAUUCUGACCUGGGUCAACAGAGGGCUUCAUUGGCCAUAGAGGGAGGAGGGGAGAGGGAACAGCCUUUGCCCAGCAGCUCCCUUUCUACAGCAUCCAAUGGAAGAGCCAGGAUGGUGAAGGUCACCACUUAAGCUGCGUCCUCAGCUCGGAUCCGGCUCCUUGAGGACCUCUUCCUCACCCCAGCCCAUGGUGCUCUGUCUGCAGUCGAGACCUUACUCAGGAGCAGACGUCUCCUCGGCCUUCAUGGUACCUUAUCCAUCCGCACGUGCCUGAGACAUUCCCGAGCCCACUGGCUCAUCCAGAUGUGCCUUCCUGCUUGGCCUCCAGCUGCUUCUCCACGUGUGAGAAGGACAUGAAGACAGCCCCCACACCCACCCUCUCCUCCCCUCGGGGCCCUGUGCCAUGAGAAUGGCCACCUGAGCUGGCCCAGAACUUUCGGAUGUGGGAGGCAGCCUCCUUGGCCUCCCUCUGUGGACCCUAGGACCCAAUCCAAGCGAGACUGCUGUGGGCUGCCCCCAGCCCAAACGUCUGGGACCACGCAUGAGCCCAGGAGAGGAUUUCUGCAGUGUUCUACGAUGGCCCAGAGAGAGGGUGAAUGUGGGGUGGGGUGGGGGGUGGGGAGAGGGGACCAAUGUGCCUCGUUCCGUCGUCUAGUGGUGAUUACUAAUGUGCCUUUCUGAAUAAAGUUUGGUUUUUCUGA